AGCAGAAGUAUCCAUUGCUAUCAACAGCAUCACCAUGCCGACCGGUGCCGACGAUUUGUAGUAGCGCUGAGCGAUUUUCUGUGGAAAGUGUGUAGAAUUGUGGAAUUAUUCGCGGAGCAUUCACUUCUUUGCGCGCGCAUGUGACACCAGACGCUUCAGAGUUAUUCCUCUAGUCGUCUCACCUUCUAAAUUCCUCCUCCUGGGCAAAAUGGAGCUAAACAUUUGGAAGGGUGACUGGGGCUUGCCUAGCAUCGACUCGUCGUGCUUAGAAGUUUUGGCAUACGCGAAAUUCUCGGGCGCACCCCUAAAAGUAUAUGAAAUCAGGCGGCCGUGGUUCGGACGUUUACCGUCUCUCAGACAUGGCCCAGCUACACGUCUCACCAGAUUUGAAGAUAUCCUCAGCUAUCUUAGGAAGCAGAACUACAGCGCUGAUAUUCAGCUAACAGCACAACAGGUUUCGGAUGUGAAAGCGUACAGUGCAAUGCUGAGCCAAAAGCUCAAACCUGCAUUGCUUUACCUCUGGUGGAUUGACGGAAAGAAUUACACUCAGCUCACAAGACCCUGGUACGCACGAGCUCUCGCAUUUCCAUUAAAUUACAUCUUACCAGGGCAGAUGCAACGGGCAGCGACUGAUGCAGUGCACAGCAAGCUAGACCAACUUGACUUUGAUGACACCCAUGCUGUGGAGAGUGCGGUGUUCAAAGAGGCACAGGAAUGUCUGACAACCCUUUCACAACGGCUUGGCAAAGGUCCAUUCUUUUUCGGAAAGAGACCAACUUCAUUGGACGCUAUUGUGUUUGGACACCUAGCACCGCUACUAAAAGCUCCGUUUCCAAGUUCAGCCCUGCAGCACCAUUUAAAAGCGUGCGAUAACCUGGCGGCUUUUGUGGGACGCAUUUUGCAACAGUACUUUCCUCCAGCGAAGCUCGGUGAGGGUGACGAGAAGUACAAGCCCUCUUCGGAUUCGCCAGAUGAUGAUGCGAAACUCACGUGGACAAAUUUAUUCCUGUCGGUAGGCUUUGCAACAGUUGCGAUGGUGGGAUAUGCGAUUAUGUCCGGGCUAGUCCAAUUUGUACCAUUUUCAGAUUGACAUUGUGGAGUCACAAGAGGACGAAGAAACAAAAGAAGCAUAAAAUGUGUCACACAUGUUUAGAAAUUCCCAUUGUCAAGUUUUGAAUUGAGCUGUACAGCAGAUGAAUAGGUCCUCGAUUAAAAUGUUUUGUAUGAUAAGGC